AUGGCUGCAGAACUUGCGAGUAGUCGGCUUGAUCAUGAUAGCCAUCUAUUACUCGAACAACCCCUUCUCCGCCUCCCUCAAGAACUCCUCCGUAAGAAUUUCAAGACGGCUCAGGGCCACCUUGAGCGCGAGAAUAAACAAAUCCUUCCUCUUCUCAAGUCAGCCGCCAACGCCUCCUUCCAGGGAGCUGACGAUACCACCACCCUCAGUUCCCUUGAUGGCAUGAUCACCCGGCUUAAUACCCUCAAGCGCAAGAUCGAAACGCUGCAUGAAGAAGAGACGGGCCUGCAUGUAGCUAGUAGACGACGCUUAGAGCAUCUGAGCGAUCUUUACAAGUUGGACAGUCUGUCGGAUGUGAAAUAUGAUGAAUGGAGCCAUGUCAGAUUGAACCGCUUGCUAGUUGAGUAUCUCGUGCGGCAAGGGUACUCUGAUACAGCAAGAAGUCUGGCGAGGGAGAAGGGCAUUGAAGACUUGGUGGAUUUGGACGUCUUUGGGAGGUGUGAAAGGAUUGCACAUGAAUUGAAGAUGGGAAGCUUGGAGGAGGCUCUUGGAUGGUGCGCGGAGCACAAGGUCAUCAUGAGGAGAAAGGAUAAUAAAUUGGAGUUUGAAUUGCGGUUACAGCAGUACAUCGAGCUUUGCCGGCAAAGAAAAUUGGUUGAGGCACAACAGCACGGCAAAAAGCAUUUUCCACCACAUUUAGAGAGUCAGAGCCAGAAGAUAUAUUUCGCUGCUGGUUUACUGGCGUUUCCCCCAGAUCGACAGCAUCAAUAUACAAGUUGGUAUUCUCAAGCACGGUGGGACGAAUUGGCUGCCCUUUUUACAGAAACUCACCAUCACCUCUUCUCGCUUCCGUCACGACCACUUCUCCUGAUCGCUCUCUCUGCCGGUCUCUCAGCGCUUAAGACCCCGUCUUGCCAUUCAAAGCACACUAGCAGCGUAGCAAACGCCAGCUCUACGACAACUUCGCUCUGUCCAAUCUGCUCGGCCGAGCUGAAUGAGGUUGCGAGAAAGUUGCCCUAUGCUCAUCACACCAAGAGCUAUGUCGAGGCUGAUCCAGUCGUUUUGCCGAACGGAAGAGUAUAUGGUCGGGACCGAUUGUCUGAGUAUUGUAGGAAGAUGGGCCUUCCCGAAGAUGAGAUCAAGGAUCCAACCACAUCCGAGUUGUUUCAUGUGAAUGAGUUGGUGAAGGUCUAUAUUACCUAA